AUGAAGCUCUUUCAAGCAUUUCUCAUUACAUUAAAUCUUAUUAUCACAGGCACCACUGCCUAUGAAGACAAAGUCUGCAAUUCCUCUUGUUCAAAUAUAGUUGACAAAUUUUUGGGGUGCGAAACCAAGAUUGUACCCGGUGAACUAUAUAACAGGUCAUGUCUCUGCGUCGGAACAGCCAUUUCUGUAAAUCUUCAGUCUUGCAAAGAUUGUCCGCGGAUUUAUUGGGCUACCGAAAUUCCAGGCUUUGAACUGCAAACACUCUCAGACACUUGCAAACUUAAUGUUACUAUCGACACCCCCCCAGAUCCAGUGAGCUCUGAAGACUCAGAUGUCGAAACAUCGUCGACCGUUGGACAUGAUAGUGAAAAGGGAUCAGAAAGCGAGACUGUGAGCAACCCUGGAUCAACUCCAUCAAGUGACGGUGAAACAGGUGGAAAUGGGAACAAUAGCAAUGGCAAUGGCGGUGAUGACAAUAGUAGCCAAGGCAGCACUGACAAUGGCGGUAGUAAUGGGUCUGAUGACAACUCGGGCUCUGAUAGCUCUAGCGGUUCCGGUGGUUCCAGCGGAUCUGGUGGCUCUAACGGAUCUGGUAGUUCCAGCGGUUCUGGCGAUUCCAGUGGUUCCAGCGGUUCUGGCGAUUCCAGUGGUUCCAGCGGUUCUGGUGGUUCCAGCGGUUCCGGUAGCUCUAGUGGCUCUGGUAGCUCUAGCGGAUCUGGUGAUUCCAGCGGAUCUGGUGGCUCUAACGGAGCUGGUAGCUCCAGCGGUUCUGGCGAUUCCAGCGGUUCUGGUAGUUCCAGCGGUUCUGGCGAUUCCAGCGGUUCUGGUAGUUCCAGCGGUUCUGGCGAUUCCAGUGGUUCCAGCGGUUCUGGCGAUUCCAGUGGUUCUGGUGGUUCCAGCGGUUCCGGUAGCUCUAGUGGCUCUGGUAGCUCUAGCGGUUCCGGUGAUUCCAGCGGUUCCGGUGGCUCUAACGGAUCUGGUGGCUCUAGUGGCUCUGGUAGCUCUAGCGGUUCAGGUGGCUCUAGCGGUUCCGGUAUCUCCAGCGGUUCUAGUGGUUCCGGAAACAAUGAGUUUUUGGAUUGCACAGUUUGCAGUACAUUUGCCGUUACAACUACUGGUUUCCGAGAAAUCUCUUCAACCUCCGGUGCCAGCAUUUAUAUUUCCCGUGAACUUGUCACGGAUGUCUACACAAUAAUUGCAUCACCAGUUUCUUCAGAGAAUGGUGGAUUCAUUACUUAUACUAUUCCAACGGGGACCAGCGGGAGAAGCUCUGAGGCAACAGGUGUGAGCCCUGGAACUAAUGCAGUUGGUUCAAGUGACGAAAACUUGGCCAGGUUUACAAGUGGUUGCUCCGAUUGUCGUACUUCUCUUGUGACAACCAAAACCAACGGUCCAGUGGUUAAGACUACGGAUAAUGGAGUGCUUAUUACUGUGACUGAAGACAUAAACGUUGUGUAUACGGUAGUUGCAUCACCAUUCUCAUCGGGAUCUUUGGCUGUAUUUUUAACUAAGACCAUUCCGAUUUCAUCUGUUCAAGCUCAGCAAAGCAAUGGUAUUAGUGGAAGCGGUAGUGGAAACAGUGAAGGAAGCAAAGUCAGUGCCAGUUUUGCAAAGUCAACUUAUCAGACUGUAAUAACCACUACCAGUAAUGGUCAAGUUGUUACUGUGACUCAAAAUAUUGAAACUCAAGUUGCUGUCAACGGAGCUGGAACAGCAAGUAGUACUGCUGGUAGUAACUCGAGGGCCUCGACUACAGCCGUUGUGUCCGUGGGGUCUUCCUCUAAGCCAUCGUCAAAUUUGGAAACUUCUACCGCUGUACAAUCAUCAGCCUUGACUGCUUCUAGCGGUGCGGCUUCAAGAAAAUACUAUAAAGAGCUUUCGACUGCAAUUAUUGUAGUGCUUGUUUCUGGAUUUUUAUAUGCUAUUGUAGCCUAA